GGCCGGCUCGCCACUCGGCGUUCAUCAUGUCGGGGAGGGCGACCGCUCUGUUGCUCACCUGUGCGUUCUGUGUUGGGGUGUUGGAGGCUCUGGAUUUCAGUCAUCACCGCUAUGAAGACAUGGUGAGGGCCAUGGUCAACGUGCACAACGAGUGCCCCUACAUCACCCGCAUGUACAGUAUCGGGCACAGCGUGGAGGGGCGACACCUGUACGUACUGGAGUUCAGCGACAACCCGGGGAUCCACGAGCUGAUGGAACCCGAGUUCAAGUAUAUCGGUAACAUGCAUGGAAAUGAAGUUCUUGGCCGAGAGCUUCUUAUUCAGCUUUCUCAAUUUUUGUGUGAAGAAUACAGAUCUGGCAAUCAUAGAAUUAUUCAACUUAUUGAAAAUACUCGAAUUCAUAUUCUGCCUUCCAUGAAUCCUGAUGGAUAUGAGGUUGCAGCAAAUCAGGGUCCUGAAGCAAAUGGCUACCUCACAGGCAGGUCCAACUCCAGAGAUAUUGAUUUAAAUCGAAACUUUCCCGACCUCAACUCUUUGAUGUAUUACAAUGAGAAAAGUGGCCACCAAAACCAUCACCUACCAUUGCCUGAUAACUGGCAACAGCAGGUUGAGCCAGAAACCCUCUUUGUAAUCAGGUGGAUGAAAAAUUACAAUUUUGUUUUGUCAGCAAACUUGCACGGUGGAGCUGUGGUAGCAAAUUAUCCAUUUGAUAAGUUAAGGGACUCUAGAGUAAGAGGUGUUCAUAAAGCAAGAUAUUCAGCUACUCCAGAUGAUCUGCUAUUUAAACAGCUGGCAAGGACUUACUCAUAUGCUCAUGGUUGGAUGCACUUAGGCUGGAACUGUGGAGAUUAUUUUGAGGAAGGUAUCACAAAUGGGGCCAGCUGGUACUCUCUUUCUCGAGGCAUGCAGGAUUUUAACUAUCUCCAUACCAAUUGUUUUGACAUCACCCUGGAGCUGAGCUGCAACAAGUUUCCCCCAGAGCAGGACCUAGAGAGAGAGUGGCUGGGGAAUAGGGAAGCACUUGUCUCAUAUAUAGAACAGGUCCAUCAAGGUAUUAAGGGAAUGGUGUAUGACGAAAACAACAAUGGUAUUAGGGAUGCUACUAUCAUAGUGGAUGGAAUUAACCAUGACAUCAUAUCUGGUGCUGCUGGAGAUUACUUCCGUCUUCUUUUGCCAGGAACCUACACAGUAACAGCAAAGGCAAAAGGGUACAAGUCUCAGACCAACACAGUAACAGUGGGCCCAGCUGAAGCCACAGAACUACACUUUUAUCUAAAAACUGACACCAACGAAAAGGAAAGAAGUCCAGGGAAGAACAAAAACGUACUUGGCAAAAUUUUUCCAGGAAAAGGAGGUCCCAGAUGAGGAGAAAGGAAGUUGACUGAAACGUGACAGAGUGAGCGACUUUGCUUUACUGUGCAGUAAUGGUCAGAUAAAGACAAUGGACCAAAGCAUUUGAAAACUUUGAAGUUGUUUCAGAAUUAUUUAUCUUUUUAAAAACACAGUGAGAAAAAGUGCAAGAAUUAAUUAUUUUAUUAAAUAUGUUCUAUUUAUAUGCAACACACAAACAGUAUGUAUUUAUGCAAAAAAUGAACACAAAAACUGCACAAAACUACAGUGUGAACUCAGGUCAGUAUAACAAAUUGUACAGUUUCUUUAGAAACCAAUCUAAAUUAAAGUUAUCAUUAAGUAUUUUGUAGAGUUUUAACCUACAGAAAGAAAUAAACUGUAGACACCUUUAAGAAAUAUUUACUGUAUAUGAUAUGUUUGAUUGGCAGAAUGUUUUAAAUUUGUUUUAUUUCAAAAGCUUCAUUAGAUUUCAUGUAUAUUUACAUUUGAAAUUGAACUUUUACUAGUUUUAAAGGCAUAUGUUGUAUGUGAUUUGUAAUUCAAGAUCACCUUACUGAAUUAAUAAUCAAUCAGCCUAAAUAAAAUUUCUGUUACAGAUUUCUAGUAAAAACCAA